AUGUCACCGUACAAUACCAGGAAACGAAAAUCCAACUACUCUACCACUGACUCGGUGGAUUUUUUGAACAAUACGCGCGCGCGUCGAAGACACACCACCAACAAUGACAGUAUCUACGAUCUACCUACAUCACCGACCCCUUUGACAAGUCGCUCCGAAGGACGCUCCGCACUCGAACGAGACCGCCAAAGCAACUCCCCAAUAACAUCCCCGGCAACAUCUAGCGAGGCUGGCCAAGAGCAACUUCAUGCAUCUCUCGCGCAGAGCCAAGAACAACCAGAGUCGCCGUCUGGGUCAAAUAGAGAGAUACCCAACUCAUAUUCCGGUAAUGAAGAGAUUGACAGCGCAUCUGGAUCUGGGAAUGAUGAUCAGGAGCAUCCACAGUCAUCUCCCGAGCUCAAUCAAGAGCAACCCAAGUCGUCUGGCGAGUCCAAGAAAGAGCUACCUGAGUCAUAUUCCGAAAAUGAAAAUUCAGAGAGUCCACCCAAACCUAGUCACGAGGAAAGCGAAGGCGAGAACAACCAAGGUGGAGAUGAAAGUGAUCAAGACGAUACCCAAGGAGAGGAGGAGGUAGAAGACAGCGACGGCGAAAGGUACCCUUAA